AUGGCACUUUUUCAAACAUUUUUCAUGUGCUUAGGUACAUCCAAGCAGAAGUCCAGUUCCCUGCAGGUAGCAGAUCAGGACCUACUGCCAUCUUUUCACCCAUACCAGCCUUUGGAGUGCAUAGUAGAGGAGACUGAAGGCAAGCUGAAUGAACUGGGACAAAGAAUUAGUGCUAUUGAAAAAGCACAGCUUAAGUCAUUGGAGUUAAUUCAAGGUGAACCUCUGAACAAAGAUAAGAUAGAAGAACUUAAAAAGAACAGAGAAGAACAAGUCCAGAAGAAGAAGAAAAUACUGAAAGAACUGCAGAAAGUGGAAAGGCAGUUGCAGAUGAAAACACAGCAGCAAUUUACCAAAGAAUACUUGGAAACCAAAGGUCAGAAAGACACAGUGUCUCUACAGCAGCAGUGCUUUCAUAGAGGAGUCUUCCCAGAAGGGGAAGAAGAUGGUAGUCUCCCAGAGGAUCACUUUUCAGAAUUACCCCAGGUUGAUACAAUCUUAUUUAAAGAUCAUGAUGUUGAUGAUGAGCAACAAUCUCCACCAUCGGCAGAACAAAUUGAUUUUGUCCCAGUCCAGCCUUUAUCAUCUCCACAGUGUAAUUUUUCCAGUGACUUAGGUUCUAAUGGGACAAAUUCUCUUGAACUUCAGAAAGUAUCAGGUAAUCAGCAGAUGGUAGGACAGCCUCAGAUUACUAUUACUGGACAUGAUCAGGGGCUGUUAGUUCAAGAGCCAGAUGGACUAAUGGUUGCAACUCCAGCCCAGACGCUUACCGACACUCUUGAUGACCUGAUAGCAGCCGUGAGUAGCAGAGUGCCCAAUGGUUCAAUCAAUCCUUCCCAGACCACAGAAUGUCUUACUCCUGAAUCCUGUUCCCAGACUCCAAGCAAUGUCGUUUCCCAGUCCAUGCCCCCUGUAUAUCCUUCAGUUGACAUUGAUGCACAUACUGAGAGCAAUCAUGACACAGCCUUAACACUAGCUUGUGCAGGUGGUCAUGAAGAACUUGUAUCUGUUCUCAUUGCACGAGAUGCUAAAAUUGAGCACAGAGACAAAAAAGGUUUUACCCCACUGAUCCUCGCGGCAACAGCGGGGCAUGUUGGAGUUGUUGAAAUCCUUUUGGAUAAAGGUGGCGAUAUAGAGGCACAGUCUGAGCGAACUAAGGAUACACCACUUUCACUGGCAUGCUCUGGCGGACGUCAGGAGGUGGUAGAUUUGCUGCUGGCUCGAGGUGCAAAUAAAGAACAUAGGAAUGUGUCUGAUUAUACACCAUUGAGUCUAGCUGCAUCUGGAGGAUACGUAAACAUCAUUAAGAUUUUGCUUAAUGCUGGGGCAGAAAUUAAUUCAAGAACUGGGAGUAAACUAGGUAUUUCUCCACUGAUGUUGGCUGCAAUGAAUGGACAUGUCCCUGCGGUGAAACUGCUACUUGAUAUGGGUUCAGAUAUUAAUGCCCAGAUAGAGACCAACCGGAACACAGCUCUCACCCUGGCCUGCUUCCAGGGCCGAGCAGAAGUAGUGAGUUUGCUCUUGGACCGGAAAGCCAAUGUUGAACAUAGGGCAAAGACUGGUCUUACCCCCUUGAUGGAAGCCGCUUCUGGAGGAUAUGCAGAGGUUGGCAGAGUUCUCCUUGAUAAAGGAGCAGAUGUCAAUGCUCCACCUGUGCCUUCCUCAAGAGAUACUGCUUUAACCAUAGCAGCAGACAAAGGUCACUAUAAAUUUUGUGAGCUCCUGAUUAACAGGGGAGCCCAUAUUGAUGUUCGUAACAAGAAAGGAAACACACCACUUUGGCUGGCAUCCAAUGGUGGUCAUUUUGAUGUAGUGCAAUUGUUAGUGCAAGCAGGUGCUGAUGUGGAUGCAGCAGACAACCGGAAAAUCACACCUCUUAUGUCAGCAUUUCGCAAGGGUCAUGUAAAAGUUGUUCAGUAUUUGGUGAAAGAAGUCAAUCAGUUCCCUUCUGAUAUAGAAUGUAUGAGAUAUAUAGCAACAAUUACAGAUAAGGAACUGUUGAAAAAGUGUCACCAGUGUGUUGAGACAGUUGUGAAGGCUAAAGAUCAGCAGGCUGCAGAAGCAAAUAAGAAUGCAAGUAUUCUUCUAAAGGAAUUGGAUCUGGAAAAGUCAAGAGAAGAGAGUAGAAAGCAAGCUCUUGCAGCUAAAAGAGAAAAAAGAAAAGAAAAGCGAAAAAAGAAAAAAGAGGAGCAGAAAAGGAAACAAGAAGAUGAGGAAAACAAACCUAAGGAGAAUUCAGAACAACCAGAGGGUGAAGAUGAAGAGGAGAAUGAUGAAGAUGUGGAGCAAGAGAUUCCCAUAGAACCUCCGAGUGCAACCACUACCACCACGAUUGGAAUCUCUGCGACAUCUGCCACUUUCACUAAUGUGUUUGGGAAAAAAAGAGCCAAUGUAGUGACAACCCCCAGCACCAAUCGGAAAAAUAAGAAGAAUAAGACCAAAGAAUCCCCUCCCACAACACAUUUAAUUUUACCUGAAUCACAUAUAUCUUUAGCACAACAAAAAGCAGAUAAAAAUAAAAUAAAUGGAGAAGCUAGAAGUGGUGCAGGUGGGAAUAGUGAUUCAGAUAACUUGGAUAGCACAGACUGCAACAGUGAGAGUAGUAGUGGUGGCAAGAGCCAGGAGUUAAAUUUCACUAUAGAUGUGAACUCUAGUGACAAGAGGUACCCUGCAUUGCUUCUCAGUUCUCAAGAAGAAAAGACAACUACUGCCACGUCCAAGACUCAGACUCGACUUGAAGGUGAAGUAAAUCCUAACUCCUUGUCAGCGAGCUACAAAUCAGUGUCUUUGCCAUCAAGUUCUCCAACCAUGAAGCUGAAUCUCACUAGUCCUAAGAGGGGUCAAAAAAGAGAAGAAGGGUGGAAAGAAGUUGUCCGGAGGUCAAAGAAACUAUCUGUUCCAGCCUCAGUGGUGUCCAGAAUAAUGGGAAGAGGGGGAUGCAACAUCACUGCAAUACAAGAUGUUACUGGGGCCCAUAUUGAUGUGGAUAAACAAAAAGAUAAGAAUGGAGAGAGAAUGAUCACAAUAAGGGGUGGUACAGAAUCAACAAGAUAUGCAGUUCAACUUAUCAAUGCACUUAUUCAAGAUCCUGCUAAAGAACUAGAAGACUUGAUUCCUAAAAAUCAUAUCAGGACACCCGCCAACACCAAAUCCGUUCACACAAACUUCUCAUCUGGAGUAGGCACCACAGCAACUUCCAGCAAAAAUGCAUUUCCCUUGGGUGCUCCAGCUCUUGUAACUUCACAGGCAACAACGUUAUCUACGUUCCAGCCCACUAAUAAACUUAGUAAGAAUGUGCCAACUAAUGUACGUUCUUCUUUCCCAGUUUCUCUUCCCUUAGCUUAUCCUCACCCUCAUUUUGCUCUGCUGGCUGCUCAAACUAUGCAACAAAUUCGGCAUCCUCGCUUACCCAUGGCUCAGUUUGGAGGAACUUUCUCACCUUCUCCUAACACUUGGGGACCAUUCCCAGUGAGACCUGUGAAUCCUGGCAAUGCAAAUAGUUCUCCAAAGCAUAAUAAUGCAACCCGUCUACCCAACCAGAAUGGAACUGUUUUACCAUCAGAGUCUCCUGGACUAGCUACAGCCAGUUGUCCUAUCCCUGUCUCUUCUGUAGUUGCUGCCAGUCAGCAGCUAUGUGUGACUACUACCCGGACUCCUUCAUCAGUCAGAAAGCAGUUGUUUGCCUGUGUGCCUAAAUCCAGUCCUCCAGCAGCCGUGAUUUCCUCUGUGACAAGCACUUGUACUUCCAUGCCCUCUGUCUCCUCUACAUCUACCACAAGUGGGCAAGUUACCACAUUUUUGCCUCAAACACAGCUUUCUUCACAAAAAAUGGAGUCUUUCUCAGUCAUACUACCUUCCAAAGAGAAGGUAUCUACACAGGACCAACCCAUGGCAAACCUAUGCACACCACCUUCAACUGCAAAUAGUUCUAGUAUCUCUGCCAACACCACCUCAGGAGCUCCAGAAACUCACCCAUCCAGUAGUCCGACUCCUCCCUCCAGUAACACAAAAGAGGAGGGACAAACAUCCAAUGUCUCUGAUUUAAAUCCUGCAUCAAUGCCUUUUGUCUCUAACUCAGAACCCUCUCCAUUGACUUUGGUGUCACCCAGAUUAGUUGCUGCUGAUAAUCAGGACACCAGUAAUUUACCUCAGUUAGCUGUACCAGCACCUCGAGUUUCUCAUCGAAUGCAGCCCAGAGGUUCUUUUUACUCAGUGGUACCAAAUGCAACUAUGCAUCAGGAUCCCCAGUCUAUUUUUGUUACCAAUCCAGUUCCCUUAACACCACCUCAAGGCCCACCAGCUGCGGUGCAGCUUUCAUCAGCUGUGAAUAUUAUGAAUGGUUCUCAGAUGCACAUAAACCCAGCAAAUAAAUCUUUGCAGCCUACAUUUGGGCCAGCCACGCUUUUCAAUCACUUCAGUAGUCUUUUUGAUAGCAGUCAGGUACCAGCUAACCAAGGGUGGGGAGAUGGUCCACUGCCCUCAAGAGUUGCUGCAGAUGCUUCUUUCACUGUUCAGUCCGCUUUUUUGGGUAACUCUGUACUUGGGCACUUGGAAAAUAUGCAUCCUGACAACUCCAAGGCACCCGGCUUCAGACCACCUUCCCAGAGAGUUUCUACUAGUCCAGUUGGGUUACCAUCCAUUGACCCAUCAGGCAGCUCCCCAUCUUCUUCUGCUCCUCUGACAAGUUUUUCUGGCAUACCAGGAACAAGGGUUUUCUUGCAAGGCCCAGCACCUGUCGGGACUCCUAGUUUCAACAGACAACACUUUUCUCCCCAUCCUUGGACAAGCGCCUCAAACACAUGUGACUCUCCUAUUCCAUCUGUUUCUUCGGGAUCAUCUUCACCUCUUUCAGCCACUUCUGCUCCACCAACAUUGGGCCAACCAAAAGGAGGCAGUGCCAGUCAGGAUCGAAAGAUACCCCCCCCUAUUGGAACAGAGAGACUGGCCAGGAUUCGACAAGGAGGAUCUGUCACACAAGCCCCUGUAGGAACCAGUUUUGUUGCUCCUGUUGGACACAGUGGAAUCUGGUCAUUUGGUGUCAAUGCUGUGUCAGAAGGCUUAUCAGGUUGGUCACAGUCUAUGAUAGGAAACCAUCCAGUGCAUCAACCAUUAUCCGAUCCAAGCACAUUCUCCCAGCAUCAACCAAUGGAGAGAGAUGAUUCUGGAAUGGUAGCCCCCUCUAAUAUUUUCCACCAGCCUAUGGCAAGUGGCUUUGUGGAUUUUUCUAAAGGUCUACCGAUUUCCAUGUAUGGAGGCACCAUUAUACCCUCUCAUCCUCAGCUUGCUGAUGUUCCAGGAGGCCCACUGUUCAAUGGACUUCACAACCCAGAUCCUGCUUGGAAUCCUAUGAUAAAAGUUAUCCAGAAUUCAACUGAUUGCACUGAUACCCAGCAGAUUUGGCCUGGCACGUGGGCACCUCAUAUUGGAAACAUGCAUCUCAAAUAUGUCAACUAAGUUAGAAGGUCUUUACUCUUUAGCCUUGUUUGGGAGACCUAUGUAUGACCUUGGAAGAACUCUGGGGAUUUUUUUUUUUUUUUUUAAAUGUGCCUAACUAAGACAUUUUCUCUGAUUGCCCAUUGUAUAAGAACAAGUUGAUUUCCUAUCCACCUGAUUAUGUCUGGUUAGUUUAGCCAUUUUCAACUUAAGAUCAGAUGGAACUUAGUAUUUUGGCUAAACAUAUUGAAUUCUACUUGUAUCCAGAAGAGAAUUAGAUGAUUACAUGUUUCAACCUUUUAGGGUGGUAAACACAUGUAUAACUGUUUACAUACUUAGAGGAAAACGUUGAGUAAAUUUCUUGUCAUAUAGUGGCUCUACUUAAUGUAGCCUGUAUUAAUGUGAAAUAUUUACCAGAAUAUUCAAUAAAAAGAUGAACAGU